AUGCCGAAGGUGAAGCUGCCGCGGAAGCUCCGCGAUCUCGCGAAGACGGCGAAAAGCGGGUGCGGGGAGGCGGCGUACGCGAUCGCCGAGCACUACCUCAACGGGACCGGCGGCGUGGAGAAAAACGACGACCUCGCACGUCAGUGGCUCGAGAAGGGCGCGGAGCUGGGGAACGCUGACGCGCAGAGAUUUCUCGGCUUCGGAUACAACACAGAAGGUGAUCACGACGCCGCGUUGAAGUGGUACGAGAGAGCCGCGGCGCAGGGUCACACCAGCGCCAUGUACAGCCUCGGCUUUCUCUACAAAGAAGGCGAGGGCGUCGAGCAAAACAUAACGACGGCAGCUGAGUGGUGGCGGAGGGCCGCGUGUAAGGGUCAUGCUCCAUCCCAAUGCAACUACGGGGCUUAUCUCGCCGACGUGACGCUCGAGUACGAAGAGGCGAUGACGUGGUACGAGAAAGCCGCGGCGCAAGGCGUAGCGAAUGCAAUGUGCAACAUCGGGGAUAUGUACUACCACGGCAAAGGCGUGCGGCCCGACUCGUCGAAGGCGCGGGAGUGGUGGGAGAAAGCCGCCGCGCUGGGACACGAAGUCGCGAAGAAUACACUG